AUGUUGAUUUACCAGCCGGGUGGAGCUCAGGAUCGAGCGCAGCUUCUACGACAGCUGGAUGUCACGGAAACAUCGGCUGGCCCGAUAGAGGCCAUCGCCGCCUUGAGAAGAUGGUAUCGUCUACUCCAACGAGCUGCGGACAUUGGCGUCAAGCUUCCGGACGAGUCAAUCCAGACUCGUUCCUUGACCACGAUCGUCAAGAAGACGGCGGAGGCGUACCCAGACUUCAAGUUUCGGAUGGCGCUGGCUCGUACGGAGCUACAGGUGGACACGAGGUGGGAACAAGAGAUCUUCUUCGACAACGGCGGCCACAGCGGGAACUACUUCUACGACAACGGCACCCCCGGCUUCACCGACAACACUCAAGGGAGUGCAGCCUCAAGGAGAUGGAGCCUUGAGGCCGAGGCCAAAGGCAGCUGGCGGGGGCUCUCCUUCCGGAAGGGCGGCUUCGCAACAAACUACGUCGCCUCAAGGGGCGGGUGGAGGCGCCAGCGUGACCGGGUCCUCGUCUUCGAUGCCAUAUGUUACAAAGUCUCCACCACCCAGCGCUCCACCGCCGCCGACCACAACUCCUCUGGAUCCGGCUCAGGCCCCGUCUGGAGUUUCGGCGACUACAGCAGCGGCACCUUCGUUGGACAUCAAUGGCUGGUUUUCUUCAUCGGUGUCCUACUUUCUCUGGUGUUGAUGCAGAAGCUCUACUUGGAGUACCAGAAGCCGGCGAAGCGCAAGCAGAUGUAUCAAAGUGAUGGUUGGGUUGUGCAUCUGUUUGCGGGCGACGAGAAGACGUCUGACUCGAAGGUGCUGGUCGAGGUGGAUGUUACAGCAACCAGGGCAAUGGACCUGACAAGGCAGGACGGCAUCUUCAAGAUCAUUGCAUGGGCUGCCAUCACUGGCCGCAUCAAGGCUAUUAUAGGAGGCCCACCAAGGCAGGCCAUCCCCACGCCAUCUCAAGGAGCCCGGUGUCAGGAUCAGUAUCACAAGGAAAUGCAGCUUGUGGUGCGGAUGAUGGCGUUGUGGUACAUGGCCGAAGAGGGCAGAUGCAAGAGAUGGAGACAGGGUCAGUUACAGACCCCGGCGGUGAAGCCACACGUGGCGUUCUUGCUGGAGCACCCGGAGGCUAAGUGCCGAGAACAUGUUUCCCUUUUUCAGACUUCUUUGUGGAAGAUGUUCGCCUUGGAUGCCUUGAUGGGAGAAGUUCAGCUGGAAGUUAACGGACGUCCUACAGUGCUCGGAGGCAACCUUGAUCUUUGGCACCUUCAGGGUGGUAAUUUGGGGGCCUUUGGAGCUCAACGUUGGCCUCUGGAGCUGGUGGCGCAUUUGGCGCGGUCCUUGAGGGCAUGGAUGGGACUUAGAAAUCGUGAGGGCGUUUUGGCCUCCCUUACGAGAAGGUCCUGGAUGGAUAUCAAUGAAGAGGCCCACCUGGGGAAGUUCGACGUGAAGGACUGGCAGCUUCACCUUCAGCGGGACCACUUGCCGUAUAG